AUGUCGACCAGUUCGGAUGGAGCGCCGAGCUUCAGUUGCUCGUGCAAUGAAGGAUUUAGUGGAGACAAGUGCGAGUCCGGCUCGAGUACGAGUUCAGGCUCUACGACUUCCAGCUCCAGUUCCAAGACUUCCAGUAGCUCUUCCAGUACAGAAAGUUCUAGUUCCAAAGCUUCCAGUUCGUCCAGCGCUUCCCAGGCAACUAGCUCCUCGGAAUCUUCCAGUUCGUCCACAUCGACGUCUUCUAGUGUAUCAGGCUCCAGUAGUACGUCGCGUUCAGUCUCUGGGUCUGGCAGCUUCUCGUCGUCUGUAAAUGGAUCACUGAGUAGCUCGUCGUCGUCGUCACUCUCAUCCGGGUCGAGGGAAGCGACAAACAACAACGUGAACCCUGCGUCAGCCAACAGCGGCUCGGUGGCGUCUGAAGCGGACUCUGGCGGCACUAGCUCAGCUGUGUUUAUCAUUAUCGGCGUGCUGGCUGCCUGUAUCAUCAUUGGUGCGCUUAUGUUCGCCAUGUACUCAAGGAAGAAGAAGCGCGAGCAGGACGCGGAGGCCGGUGGCUUCGGGGGAGCAGCAGCGUUUGGAGCCACUGCUGCUGGUGAGAGCGAGCUUGGUGGCGGUACAGGGGCCGACACGCCUAAGAGCAGCAUCGUCACCAUGUAG